AUGGCCCACAUUUCCUCGGAAUGUCAAGAUGUCUUGCCUAAUGUUGGAUCUACUGAUUCAGAAACCUCUCUUACAUCUGCCUUGUGUGAUGACCCAUACCCUGAAGACUUGGACUUGAGGUCUCUGGUUGAAGAAAAUGCCUUCCAGGCUUUGUGUGAAGUGACCUUGAUAAAAAGACCCCGUUAUGCAGUCUGUGCCUCUGAAUCAGAUGAAGACAAUGAUUUUCUUUCUAUGACCUUUCCCAGAAAACUGUGGAAAAUAGUUGAAAGUGAUCAAAUUAAGUCUAUUUGGUGGGAUGAGAAGGGAACUUCCAUAGUGAUUAAUGAAGAACUCUUUAAGAAAGAAGUUUUGGAAAGAAAGGCCCCUUUCAGAAUAUUUGACACUGAUAAUAUGAAAAGUUUAGUUCGUCAGCUUAACCUGUAUGGUUUUAGUAAAAUGCGACAGAAUAUUCAAAGAUCAGCUUCUCUAGCUGACUUUCUGGCAGAAGAAAAAGUACUUUCAGUCUUAAACAAGUUACAGUGCUAUCAUAAUCCCAAUUUUAAACGAGGGUGUCCCCAACUUUUAGUAAGGAUUAAAAGAAGACGUGGGAUUAAAACUGCUUCUUCAGCAACUUCAUUAGUUCAAGAUUUCAACAAGAAGCACUUUGGAGCUGAGGGUCAUGUGAAUAACCCUAAUUCUGGUUAUGUUGCUGAAAGAAGUGGGGAAAGUGUAUUUUCACACUCCACAAAUUUAAAUAUGCCUCUACUAAGAAAUCCUGCUACCAGCCAGAGAAUGGCUAAGACAACUGAGCCAAUCAGGACUGCUUUUGCUCCUCCGUCAUCUACUUUACUUCGACCAUCAGGACAAAUUUUAAUGAAUCAAAAUGCUCUUUCAAGGCAGUUGACCACCUUUCCUGUGCAUUCACGUAGCAGCUACACUCAAGCCAACAUUCACAUUGGGAAUUUCAUAACCACCACAACUCCUUCUGAGAACCACAGUAUUUCUUCCUUACACAGAAGUUAUUUUGAUAAAAUGGGGGAGCCUUCCCUUUUUCCAAACACAUAUCUUUAUUCACCAGUCAUUGAUGGUCUUCCAAUUAACCUGCAACCAGCAGGCAACCCAAGCUUCCCAAUGCCAGUGACCGCUGAUGCAUCCACUGCCUCUCCUUUAAGGUCGACUCCUCCACCACCUUCGCCAGAGGUACAUCAUUGUAAUUACAACUGA